ACCACAUGCCAUGUACGCGCCAAUCGUAUUACUGCAGGAAACCACAUCUAUUUGAGGCAUAGCAUCGAAAAUUUGACGGGCCAAGGUCACCAACCACUACAUUUGGAGGACACAUCGAAAAAGGGCAUUUUGAACUAAGAUAUCUAGCCCAAAUACAAUCUGUGCAUGGAUCCCUCUGACCCACUCCAAAUACCCCAAGGACUCGCAGGCUUUGAGGAUAUUGUGUAAAGUUCCCAAAGCCCUCAUCUUACUGCAAGUUGAGAAGGCUUCAUUUCGAUAUCUUUUGUUAAUGAAGCAUUUGAUCAGGGUUGUGAAGAUCACAACAUGUGGAGUUUUGAAUGGCAAGGUCAGGACAGUGGAAGGCCAAAGAGAGAACCAUCAGCUUGGGAUGAUGAUGAUUACUUCCUCCUAGUAGUAGCCCAUGGACUCAGAUUUGGAGAAGGGUUUGUUUUAAUUCCAUCACAGUUAUGUCUUUUUGAAGGACUCCAGUCUUCUUCUGCUCCAUUUUCAGUAUUUUGACAAAAAAUUCCUCCUACAAGCCUAUUUGACCGUUACUCAUCUAGCAGGAGCUUUUUCGUAAUUUUAUUAUCUGGCAAGGGUAUUUUAGUAAUGGUACCACCUCCUUUGGCUCUUUGAGACCCGGUGACUAGCGGUGCAUAAGGAGAGCAGCAGUAGAGCUUCACUAUAAUACCCUCAACUGUGGUCAGUACCACCAAAAUGCCACCGAAGAUAGCUCUUUUGAGGCAGCUUCAUGCCUUGCAUGUAACCAGUGGAAUCCAGGGGCCCUUGAAAUGGAUUAGACUCAUCAAAGACUACCUUUCUCAUGGCUUUGCAGAGGAAGCUCUCCUAAUAUACACCCAAAACCUCCCUGAUAGAAUCCGCCAACCCAUACUACCAUUGGUUCUCAAAGUUUGUGCCUCCCACUCCCUCCUUUCACUUGGCCAAUCGUUGCAUGCAGACUGUAUCAAAGUUGGGAUGGUUCAUGAUCUAUUGGUGGGCACCACAUUUGUCUCCAUGUAUUGUAAAUGUCAUCGGCCGGCCGUUGCUCGUAAGUUCUUCGAUGAAAUGCCUGAGAGGAAUGUGGUGACAUGCAAUGCCCUGAUUGGAGGUUACUGCGUGCAUGGUGACAUGGAGUUGGCUUCAAUUCUCUUUGACCGGAUGCUUUCGCGGACCCCUGUGACUUGGGCAUUGAUGAUUGAAGGGUUUGCUAAGGUGGGAGAUACUGUGGCUGCGAGGGGGUUGUUCGACAGGGCCCCAGCCGGGAUGCGAACCGUGGUGACAUGGACUGUUAUGGUCCAUGGUUAUACUGUAAAUGGUGAAAUGGAAGCUGCAAGGGAAUUGUUUGACCGCAUGCCAUUUCGGAAUUUAUUCGUGUGGUCUUCCAUGAUCACUGGGUAUUUCAAGAAGGGUGAUGCUGAGGAGGCUGGAGCAAUUUUCAGCCAAAUGCCGGUCCGGAACUUGGUGAACUGGAAUGCAUUGAUAGCUGGGUACACACAAAUUGGAUGUAGUGAGGAGGCUUUAGAAGCUUUUAGGCAAAUGCAGGAGCAUGGCUUCGAACCUGAUGAGUUUACAAUAGCGAGUGUUUUAUCAGCUUGUUCACAACUGGGUUCACUAGAUUGUGGCAAGAAAAUCCAUGAGUUGAUCAAUCGCAAAAAAAUUAAGACAAAUCAUUUUGUUUUAAAUGGUUUGGUCGACAUGUAUGCAAAAUGUGGUGAUCUUGAAAGAGCAAGAAAACUCUUUGAUGGGAUGAGAAGAAAGAACAGUGUAUGUUGGAAUUCAAUGAUCUCAGGCCUUGCUAGUCAUGGUCGGAGUGAAGAGGCCCUCAACCUGUUUGCUCAAAUGGAAGAGUUGGAAGAGACACCUAAUGAGAUAACCUUUCUUGUGAUCCUUUCAGCCUGCACGCAUGGAGGAUUUGUUAAAGAAGGAUUAGAAAUUUUUGAGAAGAUGGACAAAUAUGGAUUGGUUGCAGGUGUGGAACACUACGGAUGCUUGGUCGAUCUAUUGGGCCGAGCAGGAAGGCUAGCUGAAGCCUAUGAUGUGAUCAAGAAGAUGCCGAUGAAACCAAAUGAGGUGGUGUGGGGAGCCCUGCUAGGAGCCUGUAAAGUACAUAUGGAUAUGGAGAUUGCGGACAAAGUGGUGCAUGAGAUUGGAACCUUGAAUUCUGGUGCUGGAUCCAUUAAUGAUGCACAGUAUGUGGUGCUAUCGAAUAUUUAUGCUGCUUCAGAAAAAUGGAAAGAAGCAGAGAGGAUAAGGAGCAGAAUGGUGGAAAAUGGAAUACAAAAAAUGCCUGGUUGCAGUUCGAUCAUGGUAGGUAACACAGACUAUCAGUUCCAUGCUGGCGCUAUUCAGUCUCAAGCACAUAUGCUAUGUGGAGCCUAAGGUUAUAGAUUUUUAAGUAGUAGGAUCAUGAGAAUUGGUGGACACUGGCAUUGUUGGAUGUUUCCAAACUCAAACAGGUUACCGAAAAAUUAUUCAAGUUGCACAACAAAAGUUUGCUUGGAGAACUUAAGUAGAUUUUAUUCAGUGCCGAGCUUAGGAUAUGAGCUGAAACAAGGAAGAAGUAUGGGCUCUUCCUUAGACAUAUUUUGAUAGUGGAUCACUGGAUAAACCCGGAUAUCAAGCAAUGGGCUGAGAUAAGAUGAAAACAUGUGAUAUUGUUUACACUCAAUGAGCAAAUAGAGUAAUGACACUGAUAAGGAUGUAAAGAUAUACUAAUUCCUGUUCAAGAUUGAAGCAUAGUAACACAAGGUUGUUUACAAAAAGGAAUCUGUGACAUGUAACCAAGCACAGAUUCCAGUCAACAAGAGGAAGUCGUCAAAAAUUUGGCCAUGAUGCAUCACAUUCAAGGAGAUUGUGAAGUCUUUUUUUUGAUACUGGCACUUUGGAAAGUCAUUCAAAAUAGCAUGUUAAUUAUUGUAAUUUUCCUUCUUUUUUGGUAUACUGCAGUUGGUGUUAAUUUCGGUCAUAUCAUGCGAACAAAUGGGAGGGUCUAUGAGAACUAUUUUCAGAACUCUGCCCACCCCCUUCUCCCUCCAUCAGUCGCUUUAUCUUCAAGAAACAUUCAUUAAUUUAUCCUCCAUAAU